CGGCGCUGGACGGCGGCCGGCUGACGCCGUGGGGUGUGGGCGGAAGCGGGAAGCGGCCGACCGGGGCUCGGCGGCGGAGGCGCCAUGGGGGCGGUGCUGGGGGUCUGCUCGCUGGCCAGCUGGAUCCCCUGUCUGUGCAGCGGUGCCUCGUGCUUGCUGUGCCGGUGUUGUCCCAACAGCAAGAACUCAACAGUGACGCGUCUUAUCUAUGCCUUCCUCCUCCUCCUCAGCACUGUUCUCGCCUGCAUUAUGCUGGCGCCAGGGAUGGAAGAGCAGCUGAAAAAGAUACCUGGAUUUUGUGAUGAGGGCCUUCAUACUCGGAUACCGCAUAUGGAUGGCUUUGUCAGCUGCGAUGUGUUUGUUGGAUACAGAGCUGUCUAUCGAAUCAGCUUUGCCAUGGCAGUGUUCUUCUUUCUCCUCUCUCUGCUCAUGAUAGAAGUUAAAACAAGUAAUGAUCCGAGAGCUGCGGUACACAAUGGGUUCUGGUUCUUCAAAAUAGCUGCCAUUGUGGCUAUCAUGGUUGGAGCAUUUUACAUUCCUGAAGGGCCUUUCACAAGAGCUUGGUUUGCUAUUGGUAUUUUUGGAGCCUUCUGCUUCAUUCUUAUCCAGUUGGUGCUGCUUGUGGAUUUUGCUCACUCCUGGAAUGAGAGCUGGGUUGAGAGAAUGGAGGAGGGAAAUUCUAAAUGUUGGUAUGCAGCUCUGCUGUCCUGUACAAUCUUGUUCUAUGGCUUGUCACUGGUAUUUGUUGUCCUUUUCUAUGUUUUCUACACGAAGCCUGAUGACUGCACUGAGAACAAGUUCUUCAUAAGCAUUAAUAUGAUCCUAUGCAUUGCGGUCUCCAUUGUUUCUAUCCUUCCAAAAGUUCAGGACCAUCAGCCUCGCUCUGGCCUCCUCCAGUCCUCUGUUAUCUCGCUCUACACCAUGUAUCUCACUUGGUCAGCCAUGUCCAAUGAGCCUGAACGAAGCUGUAACCCAAGUUUGCUGAACAUCAUUACUCAGAUAACUACAGCCACAGUUGUUCCGGCAAAUACCACUGUUGUACCUGCUACUCCGGCUCCGCCCAAGUCCCUGCAGUGGUGGGAUGCCCAGAGUGUUGUUGGAUUGGCUAUCUUUGUCCUUUGCCUCUUGUAUUCCAGCAUUCGCUCUUCAAGUAACAGCCAGGUGAACAAGCUGACGCUGUCUGGGAGUGAUAGUGCCAUUCUGGAGGAGACUGCGGGAUCAGGCAGCGGGGCUGCAGAGGAAGGAGAAGUGCGCCGUGUCAUGGAUAAUGAGAAGGAUGGUGUUCAGUACAGCUACACAUUCUUUCACUUCAUGCUUUUCCUUGCCUCUCUUUACAUCAUGAUGACACUCACGAACUGGUACAGCCCUGAUGCAGAUUUUAAAACAAUGACCAGUAAGUGGCCAGCCGUGUGGGUGAAGAUAUCCUCCAGCUGGGUUUGUCUCCUUCUCUAUCUUUGGACCCUAGUGGCUCCUCUUGUCCUCACUAAUAGGGACUUCAGUUAAAUUGCUGCACCUGUCUGAGCUUACAGAAGUGAGGAACUCUUCGCUGAAAGCCAAAACAUUCAUGUAUUGCUUUAGUUAUACUGUCUAUGUUACUGUUUAUGUUAGUAGGAACAUACAGGUGGCUAGAAAGUUAUGUAAUGCAUAAUGCUUGCAGCAGUGUCAAAGUUAUUAUCAGUUAUCUUUAUUUUAAUCUUCAGCCAUGGUUAUCUUACUGUUGCAUUUUUAAAAUUCACUACAGCUGUGCUACCAAAGCACAAAAGAAAAUCUGUUCUGUCCAAAAGCCACAACCUUUCUACUGAAUAUAAAUGACACUUAGCUAAAUAAGUAGUGUAAUAUAUUUUAAAGAACAGUUAUAUUCAGCAUAAUGCACUAGUAUGCUAACGCUUCAGUUCCUAGAAGUGUAAGCCAUGCUGCUCAAUUUCUACGUUCCACUGCAAAAGUGUGUUAUACUUACCUUCCUGUGUUGUGGCAAAACCUCCCUUAUUCCACACCAAAAGAACAGAACUUUGAGGUUGAAACUCUGGUGAACUCUUAAUUCCUUUUAAGAACAGACUUGCCCUUUCUAAGAUUCAACUUCUUUUUUUAGUAUGUUUGCCAAAUAUUGAGUGGUAAGUGUAUGACUAGUUUAAACAACUUUGAUUAUGGUGGAGAAAUAGAGCUUCUAAUUGAUUUCACUUGUCUCAUGUGCUUAAAAUAAUGUACAUGAAAGUUAUUAUUGGCACUAAGGCGUUUGCACUGUGAACUCGUUUGAAUAAAGCAGACUAACUACUGAAA